AUGACAGAGCUAGCUCCAAAUUUUGCUCCCUUUUUUGGAUUUGCCGGAUGUACAGCUGCAAUGGUAUUGAGCUGCGCAGGCGCUGCUAUAGGCACAGCUAAGUCUGGUAUUGGAAUUGCCGGUAUCGGUACUUUUAAACCUGAGCUCAUUAUGAAAUCUCUUAUCCCUGUCGUGAUGAGUGGUAUUCUUAGUGUUUACGGCCUCGUGGUUGCCGUACUGAUCGCUGGGGGUCUCUCUCCAGAUGAUAACUAUUCCCUGUUCAACGGAUUUAUGCAUUUGGCCUGUGGAUUAAGCGUUGGUUUUGCCUGCCUCGCAAGUGGAUAUGCCAUUGGUAUAGUUGGUGAUGAGGGUGUGCGCCAAUUUAUGCAUCAACCAAGAUUAUUUGUCGGCAUAGUUUUGAUUCUAAUUUUUGCUGAGGUCUUGGGGCUAUACGGAAUGAUUAUUGCUCUUAUUUUGAAUACAAAGGGAAGCGGUUAG